AUGGCCCACUUCUUUGCAAACCACAAAAGCCAUUUCUUCCUGGAGCACACUGUGGACCUGGGAGCCGUGUUGAGCACAGGUGGCCUCCGAGGGUUGCACGGGGUCCUGGAUGCGGAGGACAUCGAGCAGUCGUGGGACUCCAGGGGCCCUGCUCAGGCACCCACCCUCCUUGCAAGGCCUGAGCCUGUGGACCCCACCCCGCCCGUCUCCCCCUCAGCUCGGCCUCUGUGUGAGACAGACCCUGUCAUGCCGUUGUCCCUGCUGGUCCUCCUCCUCCUGCAGCCUUCCCACGCUCCGGGGGCCCUGGAUUUGUGGAGGUGUUUCCAACACCUGGAGCCCAGUGUCCACAGAGAGGGAGACCUGCUGCUGGGUGCCUUCUUCCCCCUUUACUACGUGAAUCGGAAGGCGCCCCACACGCCUUGACCUUUCUCUCCAAUGCCGCUCCCUCUUAGGUGGUUCUGGAAGAAUUACCAGUAUGUGCUGGCUUUCUACUUUGCCAUCGAGGAGAUCAACAGGGACUUGCACCUGCUCCCCAACCUGACCUUGGGGUUCCACAUCUUCAAUGCCUUUCACAGUGACCACAGGACCCUGGAGACGGCUCUGCUCUGGCUCUCUGGAGACACCGAGUUUCUCCCGAACUACAAAUGCCAGACUCAGAGCAAGGCCAUUGGAACGCUUCUGGAGCUGUACAAGAUGCCCCAGGUGCAUCCAUUCCUGAAGAACGUCCGGUUUACCAACAGCGCUGGGGACCACAUCUCCCUGGGUGAGAAGAGCAGCCAGAUGGCCCAGUACGACAUCCACAACGCUGUGAAUUUCCCUGCUGGUCUUGGGCUGCUGGUUAAAGUAGGAGAGUUUGUCCCCAGGAGUCCACUUGGUCAAGGCUUGGUCAUCAAUGAGGAGAUGAUAGAAUGGCCUAUUGGAUUCACAGAGACUCCUCGAUCUGUGUGCAGACAGAGCUGUCCCCCGGGAUUCAGGAAGAUCCCCCAGGAAGGAAGGCCCGUCUGCUGCUUUGCUUGUGUGUUUUGCCCAGAGGGACACAUUUCCAAUCAGACAGCAGAUGCAGAGCGGUGUGUCCAGUGCCCCGCACACGAGCACCCUAACAGUGAGAGGAACCGCUGCCUCCCCAAGGCUGUGACCUUCCUGGCCUAUGAAGACCCCUUGGGCAUGGCUCUGGCCUGCUCGGCUCUCUGCUUCUCUGCCCUCACAGCUGCUGUCCUUGGGGUCUUUGUGAAGCACAGAGACACCCCCAUAGUCAAGGCCAACAACAGGGCUCUCAGCUACAUCCUGCUCAUCUCCCUCACCUUCUGUUUUCUCUGCUCUCUGCUCUUCAUUGGCCGUCCCGGCACAGCCACCUGCAUCCUGCAGGAGGCCACAUUUGGACUGGUGUUCACUGUGGCCGUUUCCACGGUCCUGGCCAAAACUGUCACUGUGAUUCUGGCCUUCAAGGUCACUGCCCCAGGGAGAAGGAUGAGGCGGUGGCUCGUGUCAGGGGCACCUAACUUCAUCAUUCCCAGCUGCUCCCUCAUCCAGCUGACUCUCUGUGGAGUCUGGCUGGGGAACUCUCCUCCCUUUGUGGACACAGACACACACUCUGACCAUGGCCACAUCAUCAUCACGUGCAACAAGGGCUCAGUCACUGCCUUCUACUGUGCCCUUUGAUACCUGGGUUCCCUGGUCCUGGGGACCUUCAUGGUGGCCUUCCUGGCCAGGAACCUGCCUGACACCUUCAACGACGCCAAGUUCCUGACCUUCAGCAUGCUGGUGUUCUGCAGUGUCUGGCUCACCUUCCUCCCUGUGUACCACAGCACCAAGGGCAAGGUCAUGGUGGCCGUGGAGGUCUUCUCCAUCCUGGCCUCCAGCGCAGGGCUCCUGGGCUGCAUCUUUGCCCCCAAGUGCUACAUAAUUCUCAAGAGACCUGAUGAGAAUUCUCUGAAAGGUUUGAAAGAUAAAAGAGAUACCACGGGACUUGUCCAUUCUCUUUCUGAUAAGCACGAUUUCACUUACAUCCCAGGGCUGUUACACACCGUGGCUGAACUGGAGCAAGCACACGGUGCAGGGAGCCCGGUGGACCUGUGA